GAGAAGUAGGAGUAAAGCAGGAAGAUAAUGUUCACAGUACAUAAAAAGCAAUUGGAGAGACUGACUCUUAUUAUGUUCCUGAGCCAAUGUUAAAGAGUCCUAACAAUGAUGUAGUUCUCUAGAGAAAAGCCAGAAAAGAAAAGACAAGAGCUCCUUUAUAUAUUUUUUUCCACAUUUGCUAACAGUGAGAAGAAGAAAAAUAUGUUACAGGCUUUAACCGGACUCCAGUUUCAGCUGAAAUCACUAAUAGGAGAAAACGAGAGGAGACUUCAACUUGGCCAUGAGUCCAGGACACACUUCCACAUGCAGUUUUCAUGUAAACCCGUGUUUCAUAGGCUUUUCCCAGCAAGACCAGAAAUUUUGUCAAGUCAAUUACCAUCCUUUUCUAAGGUCCCAGCACACCUGGAAAGUCCUGCAAGACCUCAGCUACAGCGAUCCCAGAAACAGCAAGUAAAACCCUUCAUGACCCUUGACCACCAAAUCGUCCACCAAACUCUCAAACAGUCACACCCUCCAGGGCCAAGCUGUGUGCUUCUGCCACAACAUGGACUUACGAGUCCGGACAGUGAUGCUGGCCUCCCAGGAAACCCACUCACUAAGUCACUAGCUCUUGGGAAAGAAGAUGGCAGUGAGGAAUGGCAUUUAUCUGGAAAUAUUUUGGAUGUUUAUAGUGGCGAGCCCGGGAUUUCACCAGUUAAUAUGGGGCUUACAAGUGCUUCCUGUCCAAGUGGUUUACCAAUGAAAAGAGAAAUUACAGAAACUGACACUAGAGCUUUGGCAAAGGAAAGACAAAAAAAGGACAAUCACAACCUGAUUGAAAGAAGAAGAAGGUAUAAUAUUAAUUACCGAAUCAAGGAGCUUGGCACACUUAUUCCAAAGUCUAAUGAUCCUGAUAUGCGCUGGAACAAAGGAACCAUCCUAAAAGCAUCAGUGGAGUACAUCAAGUGGCUACAAAAAGAACAACAAAGAGCCCGGGAGUUAGAACACAGACAGAAGAAAUUAGAGCAGGCUAACAGGCGACUUCUACUCCGAAUUCAGGAACUAGAAAUACAAGCGCGAGCUCAUGGUCUGCCAACCCUGACUUCACUUGGCACUGUUGAUUUAGAUGCCCAUGUCACCAAACAGCAGACCCAUCCUGAGCAGAAUUCAGUAGACUAUUCCCAACAACUGACUCUGUCUCAGAGGCCAAGCCCUGAGCUCUGCGAUCAAGCUCUGGCCUUCUCUGAUCCUUUGUCACACUUCACAGACUUAUCAUUUAGCGCCGCUUUGAAAGAGGAACAAAGAUUGGAUGACAUGCUACUGGACAACACAAUAUCCCCGUUUGGAACAGACCCUCUGCUAUCUGCUGCUUCACCUGCAGUUUCCAAAGCAAGCAGUAGGAGAAGUAGCUUUAGCUCAGAGGAUGGUGAUGAGUUUUAAGAAAUAAACAAGCUCAAUCCAUCACCUGGGAAGCAAGUCUGUGCUGGAGUUAUGCAGUUGUGUUCUGUGUAUUGCUUUGGCUUAAUUUUCCUGACAGGAAUAUGUUGCCCGUGAAAAGCUGAUUAGAAGCAACAGAAGAAUUCACAGGAAGUAAAGACAUGCUGUUGAAGAAUUAUUUAGGACUAAAUAUUUUCUUCUUUCUUUAAAGAGGCUACUUAAAUUUUGUUUUCCUGGAAAGAGGCACAUCGUAAGAAAUAGCUCUGUGCUGAUGGGUAGUAUUGGGACUAACAGCCUGUGAAAUAUACAAACUGACUGAAAUGUACAAAACUUCUCUCAGCUGUUCACUUCCUUGCUAGUCACAUAUCAAAGCAUCAGUUUCUAAGAAUGAAGAUCAACAAGUCCUGUGGUCAUUAUUUUUUUCUAUGUUGUCUAAAGUUCAAACCUUAUAGGGAAAAUAAGUAUAAAAUAGACUAUCUGUCACUUAUAACCCAAAAGUGACUAUAAUAAAUAUGAGAAUUUUCCAUAAUAAACUACAGAAAAUUUACAAAAACAUGGGUUACCAAAAUGAGACCCUUGUUUCCUGGUUAGUUCAAUUACAUGAAUUCUAAAAGCAUUCUUGCAUAUUUAUGUCUCCAUGGUCUGUUCAUAAAAAUGAACCAGUUGAAUAAUUUCCUCCAGAACAUGGUCUAGAAUUUUAUCAGUUCACCCAGACACCCAUACAAAUGCACACAAUACCAAGUAGUACGUAUUCUUUUAUUUUCAUUCAUUUUUCUGAUUAUCUAAUUAGGAUUACAAAUCACAUUUCAAAUUGUUUUCUUCUUUAAGAGAGUUUAAAUAAUCAAUUUCAGUAUAUAAAAUAUAAAAGGUCCCCCUAUUAGGAAAUUGUGUGAGGUAUCUAACAUUUAUCAACAUGUCCAAUGUUGGAUAUAGAUUAAUGGUUGAUACAGUUUUGUUCUAAAUUGAACAAAUAUUGAAAAUUUUACUGGUACAUGGGGAAAUAUGAAAUCCUAUGGUAGAAUGAUUACCUCAUGCUUAGUUCACAACAAUAGCUCCUAUUUUGAAGAAUUAAAAUAAUUUUAAUUGAUGUGGAAAAAUAAGUAUUAAUUUCUCAGAACAGUCAUUAAAAGCAGGUAGCUUAUAAAGGGAUUCUUGGAAUUGCAGUAGGUCCUGGGAAAAUAUUAAACAAAUGAAGAAGAUGAUGUUACUACUGGGUGGGAAGAUUAAUAAAACUAAAAUGAUUAAUAAAACUAAAAAUAAAACGAAAGGCAACAAAAAAGGAUAGAAAACAUAUAGAAUAAAAAUCUAAGCAUAAGCUGUAACAUAGAGACAUUCAAUACAAUGAAAAUGAAUGACAAUGUCUAGGGAAGCCAUGGAAUUUGACUUCUCUUUAAAGGCAUAAGUCGGGUGAAAGAGAGGUGGUAUAUAGACAUAAUAUCAACCAAAUAAUAAAAAUAAGGAUUAUAUCGUGGAGGUACCUUCAUGAGACAUUCAUUAAGGGAUCUGGUCAUUCUAUUAACCUUCAGUUGGAGAGUUCUGGAAAAAGAAAUUGGCAACAGGUUGUGGGGGUCCUUGAAAAUGAGAAUAAAAUGAUAAUGUAGCAAUGGAAGUUUUUAGUAGGAGUGAGCAACCAAAAAUUAAAAUAUAUAUUGCUAAUCUUACUAAGACAUAAUCUAUCAAGAAUAUUAAACUUUGAAAUAAAUUUUUGAAAGGGUCUUAUUUUUUCACCUGGAAAUAUGUCAUCACAAAAUUUGAGAUUUUAACACUGAUAUACAUGGGGAAAUAUGAAAUCCUAUGGUAGAAUGAUUACCUCAUGCUUAGUUCACAACAAUAGCUCCUAUUUUGAAGAAUUAAAAUAAUUUUAAUUGAUGUGGAAAAAUAAGUAUUAAUUCCUCAGAACAGUCAUUAAAAGUAGGUAGCUUAGUUUAUAGAAACUGUUCCUUGUGAAAGAGAACAAUUAGAUAGUUUCUCCAUAAAUUUUGAAGAGGAUAUUGAAUAUGUAGAGCUAUAUAACAAAGUCUACUGUAUUAUCUGAGUUGAUAAUUCAUUCAACUUUGCAAAUUAUAGAGAAAUUAUAGCUUUGGAAUCAAUGGAAAGCACACCAUUGUAGGGAACUUGGUUUUUGUUCUUCUACUCACAGUUCUCCUUUCUUCAUAUUCUAAGAUGGCUUGACCUGAUGAUGCUGUUAUGACAUCAGUUUCCAUUCUUUUGAAGUUCUACUUGUCCUUGACCCUAUGUCUCAUAUCUGGGCUGACAUAAGGACUUGGCACAGGAUAGUAGAGCCUGUUGACAAGAGAUCUGAAGAUGGACUAAUAUUUGCUGCUCUAUUCUAAAUAUGAGAUAUCAGGGAAUUAUAAAAUGGGUAAUGGAUUUUUAAAGUCAAGGUGAAGAGUGUUACUGUGCCUGUCAAUGGAAAUAGGCUAAAAAUUAAUUAUACAGUAGUUUUAAAAUUUUCAUUAUAUGAAUCCCUUCAGAAUCUAGUGGAAGAUAUAUACCAUCUCCCCAGAGAAAAUGUAGAUCUGUAUAUUGUCAAUAUAGGACAAUAAAUUGCAUGCUUCAGAAGGUUUUAGGAACCUCCUGAAUGUCUUCUUGAAUCCCAGAUAAAAAAUUUCUGCAUCAUUUCUAUAAAUUCAUCGAUAGCUACUUAACUAUAUAUGAAGAGACAGGUGUGUAGUUAUUGUCAUACAUAAUGAGGGAGCAGGGAACACUACUUAUCUUAAUAUUAUUAUUCCAGUUGUAAUGCUAUUGAAGCUGCAUAAUAUGGUAAAUUUGUACCAAAUACUAGAUUAUUUGCUAAUUAAUUGGUUCAUUUAUAAAGUAGUCCAAUUUCAUAUAUCCCCUCCCUACUCAACAAAUUAUACUUGCCAUAUGUUACAUAUUUGUGGAGCUGUACUCUGUCAUUAUUAGAUACUGUACACAUCCAAUCAUAACAUUUGGAAAUGAUGAAUAUACAUUUCAAAGUAAAAAUAAUGAGAAUUCAAAAGCAAAUAAUUUGAGUAUCUAAGAAUCAAGAGAGACUCUUAGGAAAACUGAUAAAUAUCUAGAAUACGUUUGCAGUAAUGAGACUUCUCAUAACAGCAAAAGAGGCAAAUUGUUUAUCAAGCAAUUUGUUCAUAAAAAUAUCACUUUAUCACAGGACUCUUAAUAAUUAACCAGGCCUUGUUCAUUCAAAGGAUUAAUGCAUAAUUGUAAUUCAGAUUUUCUUAUUUAGGUAAGAUAAUAUUAAAUAAUUUUAUUAUCUUUCGCUAUAUUUUCAAACUAAUGUCCAGCCAAAUCUUUUUUCUAUUUAUGAUAAAAUGUUGUAUACCUUUUAGUGUAUUCUCAUUAUGCAGCUUUUUCUAAUCCCCAAAUAUCUUGGGGAUUUCCUGUCAGUAGAUAUAUCUGUUUAUAAUUUUUUCAUUUAGUUUUUCAUCUUGAACUUUUCUAUAUGAAUUUUAGGACAUAUAUACCAACAAUAUUUCCUCAGUUUUCAUUCAUAUCGGUGACUAUAGCUUUCUUAAUAUAGGUUAAAAAAGUUUGAGAAUAAUAAAUAGUGAGAUGAGCUAAUAACAUUGAGAAGUAGCUCCCCUCCUUUUAAAAAUCUGUUUUCCCCACUCACAUAACUGUAUAUAAAACACCUAAUAGCUCUUAUUUUAAAGAAAUAGACACAAAUAAUUUUCUUGGUUUAGUGUGCUCAUUUAUCUCAUUAUCAAACAAGUUAAAUUUCAAAAAUUUAAAGAAGAUAUAUUUUUCUUCUAUUUGGAUUGACUGAGUCAUAUUGGAAUUUUCUUGUGCUUCAAGGUAUCAGUAAAAUACUUUUGUUUUUCUGGCACUGUGGGAUUUAAAUACAUAAAUGUCUCAACUAAAAUUUCCAAUAGAUUUUUAAUCAACACCAAUCAUUCAUAUCUUGGUGAAUGUAAUUAAUAAUAAUCUAUUACAUAUAUCAAAAUAGAAGACAGGAAUUUGAAUAAAUUCUUUAACAUUUUCUACAAUGCUGGUAUUUACUGAUCUUUUGAUAUCUAUUAUAUGGAUAAAACUGGAAUCAAUUAAUCCGUUCACUGUGUAAUCAGCAUUAGAUUAAUCACCUGAGUUUCUUGAAAACACCUGAAGUGUUGAAUUUUGGUUCCAUAUUGAUAAUGGCUUGCCUGGUAUGUGCUACAUGGAUCACGACCUUUGCCCCUCCAGUAAUCUGAAUGUCAAUAAGUAGAAGAAGCCAAUUUGAGUUUCUAUACACUGUGUGUAAAGGGAUUUCAUUAUAUUUAUUUAAUAAAUACUAAAAUCAUUGGGUGUGCUGAUGAUCUAAUGUGUCAUAUGACCCUCCUGCCAUUAUUAUUCAUAAAACAAGUUACAGGGGGAAAACAAAUUAAGCUUUUGUCUUAUAUCAAUUCUACACAUAAUAUUUUAGUUCUUAUAAGAUUUUUAAUUCAAUAACAAGGAAACUAUUCAAAAAUUGGGAAAGAAAAUCAGACUUCCUUAAAGUUGUCUGGGCCACGCAUUUCCCUGUGAGCUUCAUAGAUAAUUUCAGUGUAUAAGAGUCUCAGAAAACAUUUUGAUUUUAAAAAGCCUCUUCCACUAUCACACCAAUUUGAGGAUAAAAUACUGCUACCUACAGCUUUAUACAUAAAAGGGAACUUUUUAUCUUCUUGUAAGGGAUUUGUAUGUGUAUUGUUAUAUGAUCAAAUGAUUUCUGUUGUUUUCUGCUGAUAAAAUCCUCUGUAAAAUGUCUUUUUUUCUUACAUUAUACAACAGGAUUAAAGAAUAAAAUUAAAGACUUUGUGUUUGCAUCA